CAAUGCCUUAGUGCUAUAAAUAAACCAAAUGUUUACUAAAAGCAAGAAAUGUAAACUAUCUCACAAAAUGAUGAUACGCCUGAAUAAUUUUUUGUACGUUUUUAAUUUACGCCAAGGCACAAUUCUUAUAGCCGUCCAUCAAAUCGCGCUAUCAUCUUUCGUACUGAUAAUAUUGCUAGUUGGUAUAUCUCAUGUUGGUGAAAUGCUGUCCAUGCUCCACAAUGAUAUGGAGGACGACGCAGAAAGAAGAGGGUUUUAUGAAAUAAAUUAUGGGAAUCAUGUAACAUUUCAUGAAGGAGGUGUAGUAAGCACUAAUAAUCAACUCAGAUUUGCUAAAGCACAGCAUUUGGCUUCAGUAACCGUUAUUUUCCUUUACACAAGCACGAUUCUGACGUCAAUAUACCUCAUGUGCUGUAUUUCUCUGCUUCACGGAGCUGUAAAGUAUAAGAGGGAGUACGUACUGCCGUGGAUUAUGGCCGCUUGUGUUGCUGUGGUUCUUCUUAUAGUGGCCAUGGUUAUAGGCGAUGGGUAUCCGUGCGUCGUUAAUCUCUUCGGCGGGCAUAAUUUAUACCAUUUCGGAUGCGCGCUUUUCGUGCUGACAUUCAUCUACGCUAUAUGCGCUGUAAGUAGUUUCGCGCUCGAGACCGGCGGGGGCCGGUGCGCGCGCACAUCGCUUGCGAACGAUGAGCGGGGUGAACGCCUGCUGCUACUGGAUCACGCUGCACAUUCCAGCUUACUGUCUGCCGCGCAACUAAAUAAACUGUCCCACGGCACGCGGACACAAUUCGUAUAAAUGUUGAUAGAGAUCACACAUUAUAGCUAGGCCGGACGAACGUAACGUAUUUUUCGGGUUCCAUAAAUCUCUUGUUGUGUUUAUCUAUUUGAUGUCACAACCUUUCACUUCCCAGCUAAAGAAACUUUUUAUUUUAUAACGCUGAAAUAUGACCCGGUUGUGACCCGAACUCUACAAAUACACCUACCUACCCUGGUUACUACGCACAUAAUACUAUUUGCAUUGAUUGAAAGAAAAUAAGGCCAGGUGGCCGGUUACCUCCCGAACAUUAAUGGUGCUAAAGUAUUUCAUCCAGAAAUCAACAAAUCAAUAUACCCUUAAUAUACCCUCUCAUAUUGAAAAAAAUCUAGUUUAUUGUAAUGUUCGGCAGUAUGGUUCUAAACUAGUGUACUGUGUAACCUCAUCGAGAAAAACCUUAGUACCUUCUAUCGA